ACGCACUCCAAAAAAAAAAAAAAAAAAAAAAAAAAAAAAAAAAAAAAAAUAAGAAAAAGAAAAAAUCAAAAAGAAACUUUUAUUCAAUAAUAAUAUUAUCAUGUGGACUGUUUGUGGUACAUGUCAUUUGUGUCUUCUUUUACUUUUGUUGGGUAGUUGUCAUGGGACAGGAAACGGUGGGACUACAGAUUUAGAUGAAUGUGCUGACGCAACAGAUGAUUGUCACAUUGAUGCCAUUUGCCAAAACACCCCCAAAUCCUUCAAAUGCAUCUGUAAACCAGGCUAUAAGGGAGAUGGGAAACAAUGUGAAGACAUUGACGAAUGUGAUAAUGACUACACUGGCGGCUGUGUUCAUGAGUGUAUCAACAUUCCUGGCAACUACAGGUGCACUUGCUAUGACGGCUUCAUGCUUGCACAUGAUGGACAUAACUGUCUGGAUGUUGACGAGUGUCUUGACAACAAUGGUGGCUGUCAGCAGAUAUGUGUGAAUACAAUGGGAAGUUAUGAAUGUUUAUGUAAGGAUGGAUUUUUUUUAAGUGACAACCAGCAUACCUGUAUUCAUCGCUCUGAUGAUGGAAUGAACUGUAUGAACAAAGACCAUGGAUGUGCACAUAUAUGCAGAGAAACACCCAAGGGUGGUGUAGCUUGUGAAUGUCGGCCUGGAUUUGAACUGGCAAAAAACCAAAGAGACUGCACACUAACCUGUAACUAUGGGAAUGGAGGCUGUCAGCACACAUGCGAUGACACUGACAAUGGCCCGGUUUGCGGCUGUCAUCAGAAGUACGCUUUGCACUCUGACAGUAAAACGUGCAUUGAGAAGGAUGAGGCUGCAAUUGAGAGCUCUGAGUUCAAUGCCACGUCAGUAGCUGAUGUGGACAAGCGGGUGAAACGGCGGCUCCUUAUGGAAACCUGUGCUGUCAAUAACGGAGGCUGUGACCGCACUUGUAAAGACACGGCCACUGGUGUACGGUGCAGUUGUCCAGUUGGAUUCACUCUGCAGCCUGAUGGGAAAACAUGCAAAGAUAUUGACGAGUGUCUCGUAAACAAUGGCAGUUGUGAUCACUUCUGCAGGAACACCGUUGGCAGUUUUGAAUGUAGCUGUCAGAAGGGCUACAAGCUUUUAACGGACGAGAGAAGCUGUCAAGAUAUUGAUGAAUGCUCAUUUGAAAGAACGUGUGACCACACAUGUAUCAACUAUCCUGGGAGUUUUGAAUGUGUAUGUUUCAAAGGAUAUACACUCUAUGGGCUGACGCAUUGUGGAGAUAUUGAUGAGUGCAGCAUCAAUAAUGGCAGUUGUGAACAUGGAUGCUGGAACACUGUUGGUAGUUUUGAAUGUACCUGUCCACCUGGGCAGAAGAUACACUGGAACAAGAAGGACUGUCUUGAGGCAGUGAAGUGUCUCCCAAGCAAGAAGCCUACCCCCAAGGCACAACUGGCAUGUGUCAAGAAUGGAGGAAUGGAGAGCUGCUCGCUGUCCUGUCCUGCCAAUGCCCUCUUUGUAGCAGAUUCGGAGAAUAGCUAUGCCUUAAGCUGUGGAGUUCCAGUGCAGCCAACGAAAUUUUCUCAGAAACGCAACAGCACCAUGCAAAGCUGCCCAGAUUCUUUGGCACCUCCAAUUAAGCAAAAAGCCAGAUUUAAAAUCAAAGAUGCCAAAUGCCACUUGAGACCCCGCAGGAGGGAAAAGUUUCGAGAACUGCCAAAACAGACACCCAUAGGAGUUCAGUUUCCUUGCACUGACAACUGCCAGGUAAACUUUGUGAACUUAAAGUGUGAUUCUUCCAAGAAAAGAAGACGGGGGCGCAAAUCCCCUUCCAAGGAGGUGUCUCACAUAACAGCUGAAUUUGAAGUUGAAAUUAAAGAGGUAGAAGUGUCAGAAUCCUGCAACCUUGACUGUGUACGUGAAAGAAUGGAACAGAAGCUGCAGACUCUCAUCAAAACUCUGAGGAAGUCUAUCAACAAGCAGCAAUUUUAUAUCCAAUUAUCUGGAACUGAGUAUGAAGUCACUCACAAGCCAGCAAAGACAUCUGAUACCCAGGAGUCUUGUAGCACUGGGCAAGUUCUGCGAGAUGGUAAAUGUGUCAGCUGCAGUGUGGGCACUUACUACAGUGGAGAACAAGAUCAGUGUCUUCAUUGUCCCUCUGGAACCUACCAGGAUACUGAAGGACAGCUUUCAUGUGAACCUUGUCCAACUAAUGAAGGGCUGGGUGUCACUGGGGCCAAGAAUGUUUCAGAAUGUGGAGGUCAAUGUGAACCAGGACAUUACUCUGCAGAUGGAUUCAAACCAUGUAAGGCGUGCCCUUUGGGCUCAUACCAGUCUGAGCCUGGGCGUACACUGUGCUUCCAAUGUGGAGGAGGCCUCAUGACGAAAUAUGAGGGGGCAGUUUCAUUCCAGGAUUGUGAGACCAAAGUUCAUUGUUCUCCUGGUCAUUACUAUAAUGCAACAACACACAGAUGCAUCAGAUGUCCUGCUGGAACAUACCAGCUGGAGUUUGGACAGAACUACUGCAUUACCUGCCCAGGAAACACAACUACUGACUUUGAUGGCUCCACUAAUGUCACCCACUGCAAAAAUCAACAGUGUGGUGGUGAGCUUGGGGACUACACAGGUUACAUCGAGUCACCCAACUAUCCUGGAGACUAUCCGGCAAAUGUGGACUGCAUUUGGAAUAUAAAUCCACCCCCUAAAAGGCGCAUCCUGAUUGUGGUGCCAGAAAUUUUUCUUCCUAUUGAAGAUGAAUGUGGAGAUGCUCUUGUCAUGAGGAAAAGUGCUUCACCUACCUCAAUAACAACAUAUGAAACAUGUCAGACAUAUGAGAGACCAAUCGCAUUCACAUCCAGGUCCCGUAAACUGUGGAUCCAGUUUAAGUCUAAUGAAGGGAACAGUGGCAAAGGUUUCCAAGUACCAUAUGUCACUUAUGACGAAGAUUACCAGGAACUAAUAGAAGACAUUGUGCGGGAUGGGAGAUUAUAUGCUUCGGAAAAUCACCAAGAAAUUUUAAAAGACAAAAAAUUAAUAAAAGCACUUUUCGAUGUGUUAGCUCACCCUCAGAAUUACUUCAGAUACACAGCCCAGGAAUCCAAGGAAAUGUUUCCACGAUCCUUCAUCAAAUUGCUACGCUCCAAAGUGUCCAGAUUUUUACGGCCGUAUAAAUAGUUAUAAGUUAAAAAUUAUAUGUGUGUUUCUACUUUGGAUUGCUUGCAUCUUUCCACCACAAUAGAAAGAAAACUGUCCUCUUGUCAGUUUAAUUCAUCUUUAUUAUUACUUUUUACAGUCUUCAUGUUGACUUUAAACAUUGGACAUUCUUAUGUGUCUUAUGUGUGAAAAUAAUAUUUAUAUUUUAUGUACUAAAAUUUGCAGAAGCCAAAUUCAUGGAUAAGGGUUUUCUUGUGUUUUUUUUUUUUGUUUGUUUGUUUUUAUAUUUUCUUGUGGGUGGGAGAGUGGAGGCGAGGAGGAGCGUUUUUUAUUAUCAUUUCUGCACAUAGCUGAAACAUUCCACAGCGGUAGUAUAUACAGUAUACAGUCUCUCUAUAUAUAUAGACUGUAAAUGACAGUAGAUAAGACAGUAUAUAUUUCAGCUCACAUAUAUUUGUUCAGGCACUUCCAGAACUAGCUGUUCCCUUCAGAAAUUUUCUUUUACAAUAGUCUUACAGUAUAAGCCGCUAACUGAAUGUUAUCAGGCCUUCCCAGGAUUUGCCCAACCUCCUCGCUUCAUCACUUGGCUGCCUCUCCCAACCCUUUAGCACUUCAGGAGUCACCAUUUACUUUUUCCUGAUAAGAACCCAGUUCAACUCAAGUCAAACUAAUUAGCCAGAGUGACUCUUUUGACUUUAGGUGUUUAUCACACAACUGGGAGAGAAAGGAAAAUGAAAACUUUACUAAGGUGUCUCUGUAAAUUACUUCUGACUGUCUCAGAGACAGAAAGACUAUUAAUGUAGUCAUGCAACGACCUUCUUUUGAGGAACCACUUGAUGCUCACACCCUUAUACCAAUUUCUUUAAGAUAUUUCUGUAUUAUGGUGACUUUUAACUUUUGUGAAGGACUUCUGGCUUGAGCCGUCAUUGCACCCAAAUGAGGGAUUUAAGUAAGCAGUACCUCUACUUCAGACGUUUGUAAAAUGAAAAGUUAAAGCAAAAGCAAAAUUAUGUGGGGAUUGGUAUAUAGCUAUAUUUAACCAUCAUACAGUGAUAACAGACCUUCAAUGCACACAAUUGUGUUUGUGUACAUAUGAGGUUGGAGAAGUCCAUUGUCAGUAAGUAAGAAAUAAAAUAGUUAAUUAAACACAAGAUAAUACAAUUAAAAAAAUUACCAAAACGUUGUUUUUGACUGUUAGCUUUAUUUUAAUCAUAAAAUCAACUUUCAUAUAUUUUCCUU